UUGCCGGUGUGACUUACAGCUGUUUGAACGCUGUAACGACAGAGUUUUGCCGAUUUCUAGCCAGAUUUUGAGAUGUCUCCCCCGGUGACGUUAAACGUCGGCGGGCACAUUUACACGACAUCGCUGUCCACGCUCACCAGCUACCCGGACUCGAUGCUGGGCGCCAUGUUCAGCGGCGAUCUACCGACGGGGAGGGACGACCAAGGGCGCUACUUCAUCGACAGGGACGGCGAGCUCUUCCGCUUCGUCUUGAACUUUCUCCGCACCACGGAGCUGCUGCUACCGGACGACUUCAAGGAAAUCUCCCAGCUUAAGAAGGAGGCGGAUUUCUACCAGAUUCAGCCGCUUAUCGAAGCGCUGAGGAGGGAGGAGGCGAGGGCGAUGUGUCCGAGAGGGGAGGGCGACGUUCUCAUCGUGGAACACAUUUUCAACAAGAACGCCGGCGGGAACGAGUACAGGAUUGUAGUCAGUAGAACCCAGCCGGAUUCUGUACUACAGGAACUGGUGCGCGGCAGCCGUUGCAAAAUGUCGUCUGAAGACACGCCAGUCACCCUGAACGUCGGGGGUUUCAUCUAUACCACCCUGCGGUCGACGCUGACUCGCUACCCCGACUCCGCCCUGAGCGCCAUGUUCAGCCCUACCCCCACUCUCAUGACCGACGAGCACGGGCGCUGCUUCAUCGACCGAGACGGCAAGCUCUUCCGCUACGUGCUCAACUUCCUGAGAACCUCCGAGCUACUUCUUCCGAGGAACUUUGAAGAGCUCAGCCAGCUGAGGAAGGAGGCCGAGUUCUACAACAUCCCGCCUCUGACGGAAGCUUUGAGUCAAUACCAGUUCGGACAGUUCGCCACAGUGCACAUGAUGAUGUCCACCAGCUCUACCGUGCACAGCGCUUGUUUUAGGUUCCUGGCGAGCGACAACGUCACCAGAGAACGCGUCAAGGCGUCCCUCCAGAAAGCCAUCGCCAAGUACUUCGAACUAGAGCCUGACCAUGACUUUGAACUUCCCGAGGAGGUGUACACCACCCCGGACGGGUUGGCGUUGGAUGUCGGAGCGACGGGGAAACAGUCGCUGAACGAGGCGCACAUCCUGGAGGCGCUGGUCAGAGCCGGGUUCACGGUGCAGGGCAGCAGCCACCACUGCUGUCAACAGAACUGUUGUGAAUACACGUGGACAUUGGUGUGUCAGUCAGGCGGCGUGGCGGAUCCCGUUUUCUUUACACAGAUAUGAACACGUCAUGUUUAGGGGACGCGGGGAAGAGCGACACUUG